AUGCGUCUCUCGCUUGUUCUCUCUGUCCUGCCUCUGGCUAUCUCCGUUGGAGCUCUCAGAGUCACCGAGCCUGCUAAGGAUGAUGGUAUCGAUGUGACCGGCUCUCUCACUGUGAAGUGGUCGUCGGUGAACACUGAUCCCAGCACUGUCGACAUCUUCCUGGUCAACAACUUCAUCUACCCCAACUUUGAACAAAAGAUCGCUUCCGACAUUGACACCUCCAAGGGCUCCUUCACUGCCACCGAUCUCAAGGGUGUUGCUCAUGGACUCGGCUUUCAGAUCAACUUGAUGUCUACUUCAGCCCAGAACACCGGCAUCCUCGCUCAGUCUCAACAAUUCGACGUGAUCGAGCCUGCCAAGAGCUCUUCCGAGGCCUCUACCACUGGUAUUUCUACCCUUGUUUCUUCUACUGUCUCCUCUACCAGCUCUACUGGUACCUCUGUCACUUCUUCCACUUCGACUGGUGCCUCCACCGCCGAGACUAAGGUUAUCACUACUGGUACUUUGACCCCUACUAUCUCUACCACGAAGAUCUCCACUGGGUUUUCUACUUCAGGCCUCCAUACCUUCGAAGUUUCCACAAAUAGCAGAAACAGCACUGAUAUUCCUAUCACUCAAGCUACCGGGACCACCACGACUACCGAGACUACCGCUAGCAUCACCAAGUCCUCUAACCACUCUGGUCUGACUACCAGUGCUUCUUCCGCCACUGAAUCUACCCACAGCAGUACUUCUGCCUCUACCUCUGCCUCUCCAAUUCACUCCAACGGUGCUGGCAUUGCUCUGACUGCUUCUGGUGUCUCUGGUGUGGCUGCUGGUCUUCUAGCCGGUGCUCUGGCUCUGAAUCUGUAA